UCAAAUUUGAAAGGAAGCGUCAGUUCAACAACUGGCGCACGCUGUAAUAGCCUUUUAUAGAUGUCAGUGAAUUCCACUCAAAUCCAGCACAUUGAAGAGUUAUUAGAUCGUCUCUUUCGCGGUAUUUUGUCCGCUAAAUUGGAAGAUCUUAAAGUUCUUUCAAGUGCAAUACCAAUUGUGGGAAAAAUAAACUUUGCCGACUCGAAAAUUACUCACGGCGAAGCACUUUAUUUGUUCUGUCGUCUUGAACGUGAUUACUCAUCCUUGCAAAUAUUUCCAAACAAAUCUUUAUUUUCCCGAAAAGAUGAUUGUCUAACGUCGUACAAUUCGCUGCGAAAUGGAUUCGAUAGUGUUUGUAACAUUCCUAAUUCACUAAAUAUUGAGUAUGAAUUUGCUGUUCAUAUGCAGACGCUCACUGCCGCUCGAGGUCAGUUAGUAACACUAUAUCGAACUUUUACAGAGAAUCCUUUGUUUUUGAUUACAAAGUGUACUGCAGCGAUUAAAUCUGUCUCAGAUAUAUUAAGUAAACUUUCUACUAUUGGUGAGAAUGCUUUCACAAAAGCGUUUUCCUAUGUUUCACAAAUAAUCAAACAGGAAGUUAUUAUUCUUCGUGAAUUGAUAAGUGCUCAAAAUGCAAUAUCAGAUCUGAUGUUUUUGGAGUCAUUGCUUUGUUUAGAUCGAGCAAAAACCGGUAUACAUGAAUUCAACAAACUUUUUGUUUCUCAGGGCAUUAUUCCACUCGGUAGACAACCUGCGAUUGUUUCAUGGCUUGAAGGCUUUUACGCGAAUUUAUUAAGUAAAUAUACAUUAUACUGGUUUGAAAUUUUAACUCGUUCUGCAUCUGGUCUUCAUGAAAUCGAAGCUACAGUGAAUUCGGAGAAUCCAGAUUUAGUCAAUAGCAUUAUACAUUUCCAACGAGAAACUAAUGCGUUAAACAUUUCCCUACUGUUUGAUACAACUUGUCAGUCGUUUGCAUUCCUUGGACAUGGUUAUGUUUUGAGAGGUUCCGUUGGUGAUGCACCUAAAGGCAUCGGUAGUAUUCCGCCAAUUUUUACUGCUCCACUGGGUAGUUGUUUAUCUCCAGUCGACGUGUAUACAAUUGUUAUGCAAAUCAACAGUACACUUCAUCAUGGCAGUGAUGAUGAAAAGGAUAAUCUGAAUGAAUUGCUAAAACCACCACGUUAUGUAUACGAUGAAAAAUUAUCGCAUACAUAUUACAUUAAAAAAAUAGAAUGUCGUGUAUACUUAGCACUAGUUUAUGAAGGUUUAAAAUCUCAAAAAGAUAAAGCAAUCAACGAAUUUAUAUCAAUGCUUACAGAGACAGUGUGUUUACAUAAGGUUGUUAAUCUCUUGAGACAACGCCAACAAACAUCCUCUUCUUCAUCGUCAUCAUCAUCAUCAUCGUCUGAACGAAACUAUCUACGAUCAUUAUUUUUUCACUAGUUUAUGCGGUUUGUUUGUUUUUUGAUAAUCCACUGGAUUUCUUUUAUACUUCUAUUAAUUUGUAUGAUUUCUGCAACAUAAAAAUUAUCCCUGUCUUUCUCAGCCCAUAGACAGGAGAAAAACGUGUAUAUAUUUGUAUAAUUAUAUAUUGUAUAAGAACGAGAUAUAAAGUAGUGUGAACGUA